UUUUACAAAAAUAGUUGCUUUUAUUUGGAAGAAAAUAUGUUUUAAAAAAUAUCUUAAGGUUUAAAGCAAGAUUUUUUUUAAUUGAACGACUGAUUAUGACAGAACAUUACAGCCAUAAAAAAAUAAACAAAUACAGAACAACAAAUAAUUAGUUAAACAAAACAAUCCCAAAUGCAGUGACAAUAAUUUCUAAGGUUAUUCAGAUAGAAUUUUAUUUUACAUUACUUUUGUUCAAAUUAACGGGAAAGCAAAAAAUAAAAACAAGUAAAAUAAAUACAACAAUAGUAUUAUCUUUAACUAUUAAUGUUAUGAUUAAUAAUAAUAAAAAGAAGAAGUAUAAGUUCGUGAAUUAUACUUGCCUUUAAUUUGAAAUGAAAAAAAGAAUUCAGAAACACGGUAAAAGGAAGCGUGGUUUCAAAAUAAUUGCACAUCGUCUCUAAAUACUAAAAAAGAAUAAUUUUACUCCUACAAAAAUAUGUAGCCAUAUAUCAUAAAUUGUCAUCAAGUACCCUGCUAGUGUGGUACGCAUUACGGUGUGUACUUAACGCUACAAUUAGCAAACGUCUGAUUUUAUUUUGAAGCGACAAGCGGAAGUACUCUUUCCCCGCUCGUUAGCUUAACUUUAGUUAUGACGUUAGCUUGUUUUCUUGGACACUCCUAGCUGCUAUCCCGCCUCUGUGGUAAUUACCUGUUCUCCCCUCGGAAAGCCAUGACCGAGGAGGCCUCGGGAUCCCCCCUCACAUCUCAGCAUGAUGAGGUACUCCAGCAGCGGGUGGCCGCUCUGGAGCAGGAGAGGACGGAGUUCAUCCGACUCAAGCAGCAGCUGGAGGCCGAGUUCAACCAGAAGAGAGCCAAGUUCAAGGAGCUCUACAUGUCCAAGGAAGAGGAGCUCCAGAGGAGGACCGCGGCGCUGGAGGAGGCUCAGAACGAGAUCAUCUCCAUGAAAGCCCAGCUGACUCAGGCCCGGGCCGAGAUCGAGACCAUCAAGGCCGUGGCCACCGUCUCGGAAAACACCAAGCAGGAAGCCAUCGACCAGGUCCGGAGCCAGUGGCAGGAGGAGGUGGCGUCGCUGCAGGCCAUCAUGAAAGACACGGUAUGCGAAUAUGAGGUCCAGUUCCACCAGCGCCUGGAGCAGGAGCGGGCCCAGUGGAACCAGUACCGCGAGGCCAUGGAGAGGGAACUGGGCGACCUGAGGCGGCGGCUCACCGAGGGUCAGGAGAAGGAGAACCUGGAGGACGAGAUGAAGAAGGCCCAGGAGGACGCGGAGAAGCUGCGGUCGGUGGUGAUGCCGCUGGAGCAGGAGAUCGCCGCUCUGAAGGCCAAGCUGACCUCCAGCGAGGACAAGGUGAAGGAGCUGGAGGCCUCAAAGGUGAAGGAGCUCAACCAUGUUCUGGAGGCCGAGAAGUCGUGUCGAACAGACCUGGAGAUGUACGUGGCCGUUCUGAACACGCAGAAGUCCGUCCUGCAGGAGGACGCCGAGAAACUACGGAAGGAGCUUCAUGAAGUCUGUCACAAACUGGAGCUGGAGCGGCAGCAGCACAACCAGCUGAAGCACACAUGGCAGCGAGCGAACGACCAGUUCCUGGAGUCCCAGCGUCUGCUCAUGAGGGACAUGCAGAGGAUCGAGAGCGUGCUCUCCUCCGAACAGCUGCGGCAGGUGGAGGAGAUGAAGAAGAAAGACCAGGAAGAGGAGGAGAAAGAGAGGCUGAGUCAGGUGAAGGACCUGCAGGAGGAGGAUGGAGGAGACAACACGGAGCCCUUGGAGGACUACCUUGGAUUGAGCGCGGAGGAGUAUCACACCAACCACAGCACACACGGUUCUGUGCACUCCUUGGACACCGACGUGGUGGCGGGGAGCCCCUCUGACCCCUACAAGGACAACCUGCGGCGAGUCCAGUCCACCGACAGCCUCGGCUCCUCCCUGUCCUCCCAGCAGGCUCUCGGAGGCCACAACCACAAGGCCAAAUCGGCCAGUAACCUGGACGAGUCGGACUUUGGGCCCCUGGUUUCAGCCGACUGCGGGGCGACAGACACUAGUUUUGGCGAAACCACGUCCGUCAGCUCGAUCAAGCUAACGGCGAGCCACUUCCUGCUGACUAAAGACCAGGAAAAGGCCAUCAAAGCCAUGACGCCAGAGCAGGAGGAGACGGCGUCGCUGCUGUCCAGCAUCUCUCAGGCCCCCGACACCGCCUACCUGCCGCCUGCAGGCUACCAGCUGGUCAGCGACACCGAGUGGAACCUGCUGCAGCAGGAGGUGAAGAACGCCGGCAGGAAGCUGGGCCGGCGCUGCGACAUGUGCUCCAACUACGAGAAGCAGCUGCAGGCCAUUCAAGGACAGGAGGCGGACACUCGAGACCAGGUGAAGAAGCUGCAGGUCAUGCUCCGCCAGGCUAACGACCAUCUGGAAAGAACGAUGGCGGAAAAACAAAAUUUGGAAGAUUCAAUUAAAAUGGGGAACGAGGAAAAUGCUGCUAAGGUGUCUGCUCUCACGCAGAGAGUCCAGGAGUCCGAAACUCUGCUCGGCGCUCUCCAGCAGGCUUUCAGUGAGGCCAAGAGGAAGACUCAAGAGCAGAUGGUGGUGCUGGUGAAGUCCAGGGAGCAGGUGGCAGAGGAGCUGAGUCGCCUGCAGAGAGACAACGAGAGCCUGCAGGGCAAACACCGGCUGCACGUGGAGCUGCAGCAGCAGGAGGACUUCCAGAUGCCCAACACUGUGCAGGAGCUGCAGGGUCUGGUGUUCCAGUGUCGUGAAGACAUGGUGGCGCUGCGGACGUCUGCAGAUCACAUGGAGGAGAAGCUGAAGGCGGAGAUCCUGUUUCUGAAGGAGCAGAUCCAGGCGGAGCAGUGCCUGAAGGAGAACCUGGAGGACACUCUGCAGCUGGAGAUCGAGGGCUGUAAGGAGGAAAUCGACAUCCUGGAAGCCUCUUUUUCUAGUUUGAAGACGGAGCUGGAGCGAAUAAAAGCAGAGAAGGAGAAGCUGCAGAGCAGUUUAACAGAAAAGACGGAGACGCUGGAGCGCCUCGGCGGUCUGAGGGGCAGCCUGGAGCAGCAGGUCAAGGAGCUCACGUCUGCAAAGAGCGCUCUGGAAAUCCAGGUCCUGGAUGAGAAGGACAAAGCCCAGCGGCUGCAGACCGAGCUGGACGUGAGCGAGCAGGUCCAGAAGGACUUCGUCAAGCUUUCUCAGACGCUACAGGUCCAGUUGGAGCGAAUACGACAAGCCGAGUCUUUGGACCGGAUCAAAGUGAUUCUCAACGACACCAACUUGACGGACAUCAACCAGCUUCCAGAGACAUGAUGCUUCUGAACCAACUCUGUAUUAGCUCAACCAAAAAAAAAGAAAAAAGAGAAAGACCUCCAUCUUCUUGCUUUUUAACUCUCCGCUCGUCUGUUUCUUCUCUCAUUCGACCCCAAACACUCGAACUCACCAUGAAGGAUUUGCACAUUACAAAAAAACUCAAUGCAAGUGAGCAAUACUCCGCAUCUCCUCCUCACCGGUUCGCUGAAGCUUGGCGUCUGACCGGCCUCUUGUUGGGAAACACUAGUGGAUCCGUCUCAUUUCAAAACAUCGUUGGACUUCACUUCUUUACCGUUUUGAAUCGACCUUCCAACCAUGAUGCAAAGAAUGAUGAUCCACAUCAGCUCUAAACACCAUCAACUGCUGAACUGAGACGGUUGAUCAUCUUCUGCUCAAGUGAAGGACUUCCAUGGUAGAAACAGUGGCAGAAAACAUAAAUGAAGUAGAUUACAGAGGACGAACGCUACCAAACCAAAUCUCCAGAAUCACUUCUUUCAUCUUCUAGCCUCACAGUCGUACUGCAGAUUUCUUAUUGGAACAGCAAAUGUUUAAACUGAAAUCAGUAAAAAAAAUCAGGUUUGAAGUUGAGAUUUCUACAGAAAUGCUUCAGUUUUUGCUGGAUGAUGUAGAAGUUGAAGUCUCAUUCGGAUAAAAACCCUUUCUAAUAGAAACACUCAAAGGUUUUUUAAAUUUCAAAUUCAAGUUUAAAGGAGAUUUUUUACGUUCAUAACUGACAUGUUCUGCAACAAAAACACGAAGAAGAGAAAUCACAUGGAAGCCUCAUCACAUCUACAUUUAUACGUUUGCAGUUUCACUACAAAAACGGUAAAUUCUGGAUUCCUGAAGUGACUUCUGGGUGGAAAAAAGCUGCGUGAAUUCCUCAGCUUCCCGUCGAGUCCUCUGUGAUCGCCUGUCUGAGGAACUCAUGAACUUCAAGAACUUCAUAAACCCUCUGAAGACAGAAAUCCUUAACCAUUUGGUGACACUUGUUUUGUUUUUUGUAGAUAUUUUGAGUUGUAUUUAUGAGGAGCGCUGGCCUGUUUGUUUUCUUACAGAAGCGUUGUUGUGUUUCUUUGAAUUCCCAGUUUGACGUGGCAUUAAUGUGAGGAGAUCCUCGGUGUUGUUCCCUCGCAAAGAUACACUUCUGUUCCUUCAGUUCUGAUCCCAUAAUGACGGACUUCUCACAAAAUGUUUGUUGAAUCCCAAAGAUAUUUGGAUUGUCUGCUGUUUUUGACAACAUUUUAAUCAUUUUAAAUUUGUUUUUGUUGUGACCACUCGUAAAAAUUAACAUUUUUUUUUUUGUUUGGUUCUAAUGAAAUCACCUUCAAUCAACUGAUUCUGGAGCUUUGAACCAUUUUCUGGUCUUUCAGAGGGAUUCAACCGAACAUUUUGUUUCCUGCCUUCCAUAUUAAAGUUAACUGCUUUUACACAAAAAUCCAGUUUGACAGAUUUAAUAAAAAAUAAACAUGAGGAACGUCGGAUCUUCUGGUUGCUCUGAACUGUCCGCCGUAGAAGAAUGAGCUGUGGAUGAAAUUGUAAUGUUACUCAGACUUUGGCAAAGGCAUGCUUGAUGAAGACUUUUGAACAAUACUGACUAUAAACUACUGCCCACUGA